CAUUUAUAUAUCUUGUAAAAUGAACAAACCAUCUCAAGUCUCGUUAACCGUUCUACUUAUCUUUUCCUUUCUUGUGUUAGUAACAGAAGUUGAAGGAAAACCAUGUGUCAGGCGUUCUUUUAAUAAAAAUAACACAUGUUCAUUCACAAAAUGUGAUGCUAGGUGUGUGCGGUUACAUAAAGGCUAUGGUGACUGCCGUCAUGGUGAGAGACCAACAGACAAACCAGGAACAUUAAGGUGUUACUGCACUUAUCCUUGUUGAAAGACCUUACGAGUGCACAUGCCUGCCUUUUAUCGUUGCCUUUAAUUUUUUUUUUUGUGUACCGUAAUCAUCAAAUCAUAUUCAUGAUAAAUUGCAUUUAUAAUAUAAUAAAACAUAUGUAUGGUCCGACUUUUUG